AUGAGGGACCCCAAUCUCAAUAUGGAGCAAGAUACCGCAGCAAAGCCCCAGGCGUCCAGCCUUCAGGCGGAACCGCGCAAGAACCACAAAUCCGUUCGUGUCGCGUUCGGUCCAGACUUGGAAACAUACAUUCCCCCGCGCGACAAGUCGCCCGUGCCCUCGCUAGGCCACCAUAGAUCUUUCACGACUGUCGACCACAUACAACCUCUUCCGCCAUCUACUCACAUUGCUCGUCCGACCAGUUCGUCAGCUGGGGACCAUUCGGCCAUCCUAGACUCGAAUACUCGACCCCAGUUGGACCGGGUGUCGGAUUAUGUCCGACCAACAGCAGCGUUAAAAAGAGCCAAAAGUGACUACGGCCCGAGACUAGGAUUCGAUAGGGCUGCUACUGGAGAUGAUGAGGAGGACUUUGCCAUGCGACAUGGUUGGCAGGAGGAGUAUACCUCAAGCGAGUAUCUCAAGAUUCUCCAUUCAAAUUUCUACAUGUACUUCACCGAAAAGCGCCACGAAACAAACGGUGUCCCGAGAGACCCUGUUGGAAGCUGGCCAAGCCAGGAUUGGCGGAUGAAAGACCGACUAAAGACAGUCUCCGCUGCCCUGGCGAUCUGCUUGAAUAUCGGUGUCGACCCUCCCGAUGUGGUCAAGACGAACCCGGCGGCCAAGUUGGAAUGCUGGGUUGACCCUACGUCGACUACGGGUGGGGGCCAAAACAAGAUCAUGGAGCAGAUUGGCAAGAAGUUGCAAGAGCAAUAUGAGACGCUCAGCUUGCGAACUAGGUAUAAGCAGUAUCUAGACCCUUCAGUCGAUGAGACGAAAAAGUUUUGCAUCUCACUGCGACGCAACGCCAAAGAUGAGAGAGUGCUGUUCCACUACAACGGCCAUGGCGUGCCUUUGCCGACCCAGUCGGGCGAAAUCUGGGUUUUCAACAAGAAUUAUACCCAGUACAUCCCGGUCUCACUAUACGACUUGCAAUCCUGGCUUGCAGGACCCAGUCUUUUCGUUUUCGAUGUCUCCCAUGCUGGGAACAUUGUGCAGAACUUCCACACCUUCGUUGAGAAACACGAAAAAGAGAAUGUCGAAGCAAGGAAGCGAGACCCCAAUGCCAUUGUACAGAACUACGGGGACUGCAUACUCUUGGCGGCAUGCCAGAAGAACGAGUCGCUGCCCACUAACCCGGACCUUCCGGCAGAUCUGUUUACAUGCUGCUUGACAACGCCAAUAGAGAUAGCGCUGCGCUACUUCAUCCUCCAAAAUCCGCUCCAGACGAAUCUCUCGAUCGACGAAUUCCGAGUUCCUGGUCGUCUGCAAGAUCGCAGGAGUCCUCUCGGGGAAUUGAACUGGAUCUUCACCGCAAUCACUGACACCAUCGCAUGGAACACUCUGCCGCGCGCCCUAUUCAAAAAGCUAUUCCGGCAGGACCUCAUGGUCGCUGCCUUGUUCAGGAAUUUCCUGCUCAGUGAACGUAUUAUGCGCACGUACAAGUGCCAUCCGAUCUCUUCGCCGGAACUUCCUGAGACACAUCAUCAUCCACUGUGGAAAAGCUGGGAUCUGGCCGUGGAGAUGGUGCUAUCUCAGCUGCCGGCCCUGAUCGACCAUGAAGAAGGCCGCAGACAGUACGAAUAUCAGCAUUCGUCUUUCUUCGCGGAGCAGCUCACUGCGUUUGAGGUUUAUCUCUCGUCUGGACCCACCGAGAAGAAUCCACCGGACCAGCUUCCCAUCGUUCUACAGGUACUUUUGAGUCAGGCACACAGGCUAAGAGCGCUCAUUCUGCUCAGCAAGUUUCUUGAUCUCGGGCCGUGGGCGGUUCAUUUGGCUCUAAGCAUCGGGAUUUUCCCGUAUGUCGUCAAGCUUUUGCAAUCAGCAGCGCAGGAGCUGAAACCUGUCAUGGUGUUCAUAUGGGCACGAAUCAUGGCCGUUGACCACACCGUCCAGAAUGAUUUAUUGAAGGACAACGGCAUCCAUUACUUCAUCUCCAUUCUCAAUCCUUCCUCGCCAAUCCCGGUAGGCAAUGCUAGCGAGCACCGAGCAAUGUGCGCGUUCAUCGUGUCGAUAUUCUGCAAAAAUUACCCCCAAGGUCAGAACGUCUGUCUCUCCGGAGAGCUCUUUGAUUCUUGCUUGAAGCAUUUGACUGAUGUGGAGAAUCCGUUGCUCCGCCAAUGGUCAUGUCUAUGCAUCAGCAUGCUCUGGUCGGACUUCCCCGAGGCCAAGUGGAUGGGAAUCCGUUGCGCUGCACCGGCACGACUCUGUGAGCUCAAUUUCGAUCCCGUGCCGGAAGUACGAGCCGCAAUGCUCCACGCAGCCACUACCUUCCUCGGUAUCCCAGACUUGACGGAUCAGGUGGCGCAGAUCGAGGAAUCAUUAGCUCUGGCAGUCCUGCCAAUGGCGUCGGACGGCAAUGUGUUGGUGAGAAAAGAGCUCCUUGUCUUCUUCUCGACCUUCGUGAAGCGUUAUCAAAACAAAUUCUUGGUGGCUGCCUACGAAGAGUUCCAGGAUGAAAAGCAGACCCUUCUUCUCCGGUUAGAACACGAUGACCCCCGUGGUUUCACGCUGGAAGAAGCGCAGAAUGGAUCUCCAAAUGCAAGCAACAAAGCUCAGAAAUUAUCUCGCAAUACCACUUUUGGCACGAUUUGGAAGCAAAUCCUUAUACUUUCAGUGGACCCGCAUCCCGACAUUGCGCAGGACACAAGCAUGGUCGUCGACUUCAUCCACCUCACUCUUUUACAGUCUCCCAUGGCUUCUCUUACUGACAAAAUCCGCAAGGAGAUUAUGGAACUUACGAGCCGAUUAUCACAGAGAAUGCAGAUCCGCGAGAGAGCCGAGUCCAAGAAGGCUGCUGCGCCUCCUCCCACCCCUCCCUCCCAGGCCACCCCUCCCAAGCAAGAAGGCUAUUUGUCAUUGAGUAUUCGCCGGACGGCCAGUGUGGCCGCUUCGCUCAAAAACCUUGCUUUUGGCGGCCCCUCCUCCGCAGAUCAGCAAUCGCAAUCCUUGACAUCACCCACGAAGAGUCGGAUGCCUGUUACCCCACGAGGACGAGCGCCCCCUGAAUGGACCCGGCCCCCGGAAGUCAAUGAUCAGGUUGCACCCGCUGGAGCUUAUCACCAAGCUCCGAUCCCUACAUCCCGCGGCUUCGAACCUCGAAACCCAUCCGGAACCCCAGUUAUACCCCUUACGAGUCGAUUUCUUGAUUGGUCUACAGAGGUAAUCCCAGGACAUCUUCAUUUGAUAUGCAAGAAGUAUCUCGACGUCUAUGAACCCUUUCUUACCCAUCUUCAGUAUUUCCGGGAACCCCAAAUGAAGCCCAACGAGCCGGACGAACCUGGUAGCGCGGACUACAACGAGCGCCUUUGGAGACGGAGCCGCAACGAGAAAAUCAUCACGGAAACCCAACCCCUCAAAGGAAAAGCCGGCAGCAGCCGGUGGGAUAACUCUGUGGCCCUGCUUACGAAUACUAGUCAGCCACUGAAGAUGAGUUUCCAUCAAUUUGAGGACCACCUGGCCGUUGCGGAUGAUCGGGAUACUAUCGCCAUCUGGGAUUGGCAGAGGGACAAGCGUCUCAACCGAUUCUCCAAUGGAAAUCCACCUGGCUCGCGAAUCAACGAGAUCCGUUACAUCAACGAGGACGAUCAAGCUCUGUUGAUGACAGGAUCCUCUGAUGGAGUGCUCAAAGUCUUCAGGAACUAUGAGUCCUCACAGGGGGUAGAGGUUGUGACUGCUUUUCGCGCUUUGCCGGAGCUGAUACCCAGCACCCGGAAUGCUGGGUUGGUUUUUGAUUGGCAACAAGGUCAAGGUAAAGCGCUGGUUGCAGGUGAUGUGAAGGUCAUCCGUGUAUGGAACGCAGCUACCGAAGUUUGCACCCAUGAUAUUCCCGCGCGGUCGAGCUCGUGUAUCACGUCCUUGACGUCUGAUCAGGUAGCCGGUAACAUUUUUGUGGCGGGAUUCGGUGACGGUGCCGUUCGCGUGUUCGACCAACGUCUGAAGCCCACGACGUCGAUGGUCAAAGUGUGGCGUGAGCACAAACAAUGGAUUACCAACGUCCACAUGCAACGCGGUGGACUGAGGGAGUUGGUGUCUGGUAGUCGGAACGGCGAAAUCAGAUUGUGGGAUCUGCGAAUGGAUGACCCCAUCUCGACAGUUCAUGCAAGCAAAGACAUAGUCCGAACAUUAAGUGUUCACGAGCACGCUCCUGUCUUCACGGUUGGCACGACCCGCCAUGAAGUCAAGACAUUCAACAUGGAUGGCACUCACCUAUCCACCUUCGAGCCAUAUUCAAGCUUCCUCCAACACAACCGCUCAUCUCCUAUUGCAGGCACUGCCUUCCACCCACACCGCACCAUACUUGCCUGCGCUGCGCUUCAUGACAACCACAUCAACCUCAUCAGUUGUUAA